AUGGGACCGACAGAAACUGCUGCCUCAAGGCUUCUCGAGUCUCUUCCCGCACGACCACCCACACCGCCACGGGAGAUGAAUCAUGAACCCGAGUUGCUUCCGAAACAGGUCGGGUUCCUCGAUCCACGAAGCAGCCUGCAGACGCCUCCCAGCAUACACUCGCCUCAAUCAGCCCGCAAGACUAGGAGUACGGGCAGCCGGAAGAAGGUAGAGUUUUCCGCACAAGCACAUUACCAGGAAGCACCUGUCUAUCCCGGAGACAUCUCCAUCUUGUCCCAGCAGGGCCGUUCCACGCCUCCGAUCGCCGUCAUUCCGCCGUCCUCGAGCGCCACCAAGCCGGCCAAGUCGAUCCUCAAGGCCACCGCCUACGAGGCAACCAUUGCGUACGAUUCAACACAACCUGCUUCACCUGUGUUAAUUGUCGAUAUGCUGGCUUCCACGGUGCAGCAGCUCGCGGGCGCCGACCGCGACUCCAAGCUGGAUGCCUACCUCACGCUCGCUCGCGCCCUGAAGGCCUCGGAUAACCUCCCUGAUCGCAUCGCCCUCCAGAGCAAGAUGACUCUGUUCACGCACUUCAUCCAGCGUGAUAUCACAUCGGCCAGAACGGCGGCCGGCACCCUCGACUCUACCAUGGUCCUCGCCGCUCUCGACUUGCUCAAUACCUUUCUCCGCUUCUCGGCCAUUGCCUCGACCCUUUCCAACGACUUUGGCGUCUUCAUCAUCGACCACUGUAUCCGCUCCUUUGAGGUCGUCGAGGUACCCCGUACUGUUCUCCGCGCGCUGAUGCGUGUCGUCGGACUCCAGGGCUUUCCGCCCAAGGUCAUGACGUCGGACCGCGUCGGCCGCCUGGUGGUGGCCCUGCAUAACAUGGAGGAGCAGAUGGAAAGCCGGAAUACGCUGUUGCUGCGCUGCAUUAUCUACCGCACACUGGUGAGGAACCACCGGAUGCUCAUGGCACAGCACCUGGACUGGCUGCCCGACCUCUUCACGGACAUGCUCAGUUCGGCGCCCAUCAUCCGCGAGGCUGCCAUCAGCCUGGGCCUUGACGCGGGUUUUGCGCUGGCUCGCGAGCGGCCGGUUACCCAGCGCGUCACGGAUUUGUUCCAGACCUCUGUCGACGACGAGAUGUACAUUGAGUAUUACGCCAACAGCUUGGUUGCCAUGAUCAAGGACAAGGACGACGCGCCGUAUGUGCCGCAGGUGUGGAGUGUGGUUACUCUCUUCAUUCGCGCAGUCGAGAAGUGGGAAUAUUUCAAUACGUGGCUUCGUAUCAUCCAGCGUUGCUUCAACAGUCCCGACUACCGGACCAAAAUUGAGGCCAACUACGCAUGGUCUCGUCUCACGUAUGCGGGAAUGCGUGACCAUCGGAUUCUGCCGACAAAAAUGGCCACCACCGUGACAAAGGCUCUGGUGUCGCAGCUUCGGCGACGGGGAGGGGGCAAGCUUUAUGACGACCACCGGCGGGUGGUUAUUGGCACGAUCUGCAAUCUGUUCUACUAUUCCAUGCGCCCCAAUACGGAGUCCAGGGCGCUCGACAGUGCGUGGGAUCUCAGUGUGAAGCCUGUGAUCCUGCAGCUGCUUGAGCAGCCGGCCGUCAAGGAGAGCAAGGAGAAGCAGAAGGCCAACCGAGAGACAGCAAGUGCUCUUCUCACAGGCCUCAUCAACUGUUCGGUCGCCCGACCAUGGCAGGAGGACCAUGUGGUGAAGAGCCCGCUGGUGUUGCCGGAAGACCUGCCGGCAGUGGACGCCAAAUGGGUGCGGCGCAACUCGGAGCGCGUAUUCGCCCUGGUUGGGCCCAUUGUGCAGCAGAGCUUCCUGGACCUGGCUACACCGCGAAGCUCGACGCAGAUGCUCUGGCGGGCUGUAGUGGGAGCCGCCGCCGUGGCAGCGGCCAAGGAGGUCAAGGUGUCUACGGAGACGGCUGUCUUUGUCAGCCACGCCUUCUCGCUGCUUCUGGCGAUAUGGACGGCGGGUGUUUCGACGACAGCGCAGACAGACGAUGGUGACAAGAGCUUCGCAGCCAAGCAGAUGCUUGCGGCCACACGCGAGUUUCUCCUGACCAUGGUUGACGCCCUGGGCUCGUUGCCGUUUACGGAGAAGCAGCUUGCCAAGGACGAGAGAAACGCGUUCGUGGCGGUCGGAACACCCUCACAGCGGACGGGCAAGAGCCACUCGCUUGCCCGCUCUCCUCUUCACCACCUCUUCGCCAUCCUGUCAAGCCUGCCUCCGGGGGUCCAGGACAACGACGACUUUGCUGACUUUAUUGAGUGUGUCUUUGCCCCCUUUUUCUCUACCAAAUCAGGCAAGGGUCGACGGAUGUUGGCACUUGGACUGCUGCAGACGAUUCCGGCGGAUGUGCAGUGCCCAUAUGGGCCCUGGCAGGCUGUCGCCAAGCGAAUUGCUUCGAGCAUGGACGAGCAGACGGGCAGUACUGGUGGCAGCGGAACAGGAGCUGGCUACAACGAGUUUCAGCUCUCGCCUGGCCCUGGCACCGGUGACGGCACACCAGUUGGCUACCAAUACCGGGAGGUUGUGCGCGUCUUGGAGCGCGGACUCCGGUCUACACCAGAGCUGCCAUUCUCUCAAUGGCAGGCCCUCUUCUGCACCCUCUGCGACAGGGUGCGGGAGAACACAGGGGAUGCCGGGCUGGCCAUGUGCGUCCUUGACCCGAUGGCAAAGGCUGUUGCAGACCUUUGCGAUGCCUCCUCAAUCCAAACAAGAUCGCCGACGGCAGCCCGGGCUAUGGUCGAGUUGCUGUCUUGGGCAACACAGCCCCGAGACCGACAGGCUGUCGACGCGGCCAAGCGGAGACUUUGGGGCACGGCCAUCGCGACGGCCAACUCGACAUGCUCUUCUGACCCGCUGGAGCAUCUGUAUGAGGCUGUCAGCGUCGCCCUAAAAGAGCAGUACGGCAGACCAGGCUUGCAAAAGGCGGCUUCGAACGACCUGAUUGCCUCGCUUCUGGAAGAGCUGGCCCGUUUCUUUGCGCGAGGAAACGACCAGCUCUUCUUGAAGGCACUCGCCGCUAUGCAGGAUGGCCUUGCGCUCUGGAUCCGGGACGAGUCCGGGCUGCUCAGCCGGCAGAAUCCCACAACGGAAGCUACGAAACGGGUGUGGGAAGAGCUCUGCACUCUGCUGGAGCGCCUGAGCAACCAAGACAAUUUCCCAUUGGACGUGCUGGAGCCUCUGUUUUCUGCAGCGUUCAGCAGCAGACACCGGAGUAUUGUCAACAGAGCGCUGGCUUUGUGGACGAGCAAUUAUGGCGGUUAUGUCGGGACGAUCGAUUACCCCGACAAGCUGAAGAAGGAUCUGGCGGCCCUGCAGCCUUUUAUUGACAUUGCCAUUCCCGGGCUGGAGGCGUCUCUAGUCAACACAGCGGAUGCUCGGCAUCCUGUGUUCAUAGACGACUCACAGGACGACGCCGACACGGACGCUGACGUGCGUCUACCGCCUAUGGAGAUCUUGGACGUUGAAGUACCGACGUCACAGGCGGCAUCAUCUUCCUACCAAGCGCAAUCGCCAUUUGCGAUCCCACUAUCUCUGCCUGCAAGGCGCCAGUUGGAGAAGAAAGCAACGGCUCCGAAGCCGCGACACGACGACUCACAGAUCGAGUUUACCCUGAUUGACUCGACGACGGGCUUCCCCAGCAGCAGCAGCGCGGUCAAAGCGGCCAAGGGCAGUUCGAGCGAUGGAGACAGCGCAGACGAGUCGCAGAUGUUGACGGAGAGACAACGAGAAGUGCGAGAACGCCAACGGGAGACGAACGCGCUGUACUCGGACAUGAUCAGCUCUACGCCAACGCGAGCAGAGCCGAGAGCACCUCCUCCCAGGCUUCCGUCCGAGGAGCAGAUGCAGGAGGACGAGUCAACGCGAUCGCUGUCUCCGAUGCAAGACGACGUCCGGUUGCCGGAGCAGGUGCAGGUGAUGACGCCGGAGAGGCACAACAGCGAGUAUGCGGAUGAGUUUAUCGCGUCGACACCGACGCCUCGUCGCGGCCAGACGCUGACGCUGGCGGCCAACGACAACGACAACGACAACGAUCCGCCGUCGUCGCCUCCGGAGCCGCGACGGUAUCCCCUCCUGCCGGAGAUGGGAUCGAGGUCACGCAGUAGCAGCAGCAGCAUGUUGGAGGAGUGGCCAUUUUCGUCUUCGCCGGUGACGGGCUCGCCGAUAGCAGCGCGCCACACAGCUCCAGAGCCGGAGCUUAGCCUCGAAGGGCUCACAGAAGCAGACGAGACGGACAGAGCGACAGAGCAGAGCUUUGAGAGCGGGAGCUCGUUGGAAGACGUGUUUGCGGCGGCGGCUGCAGCUGCAGGAUCGCGAAGACAGCGAUCAGAGGGACCGUCGACGCCGACACGUCGAAGCGCGCGAUGGCAGCAAAAGACGCCACAGGCGAUGAACAGCCGAAGGGCAGCGAUCCGGGACGCGACCAAGUCGAGCCCAAUAGGACGGACGAGCAGCGGACGGCGUCGGAUCAAGAUCAUGGCAGCACAGUCGCCAGUGGCCGUGGCAGCAGGUCCAUCGCAAUCGUUUCUGCUCAGCGACGGCGACGAGCGCAGCAUGCUGCGACUGGCCAUGGAGCUGGACCAGCGGCGGCCACAUUCGUCACCGGCCGAGACGACGACGGCCAGCCGCCGUGGCAGUGGCAGUGGCAGUGGUAGUGGUAGUGUGGACGAGAAUGGUCACGUGGAUGAAAAUGGUCACGUGGCCGACUGCAUCACGGUGCUGGCCAGAGACGAGUCGGCGAGACCUUUGGCCGGGCGACGGCUGCGAAAGCGGAAGCGCACAGCCGGCGAGGAGACGGGCGAAGCGGACGGAGAGGACGGAGAGGAAGGCGCCAAGACGGACAGGUCUCUGCUGGAGGACGAGGAAGUGCAGUCGCAGCUGGCGCUGGAGGUGCAGGAGCGCAACGAGCGGCUGGGGCUGGUGGAGAGACGUUCAACAGCCGAUGCAGAGGCCGAAGAGGACGGACGACCGGCCAAGAGGACGCGGCUGGCCGGCAUCCUGUCGAUGCUCAAGGACAGCCUGGCGAUGUUGAAGAUGGCGGCGCUCUCCCGCGGCGAGGUGCACGAGAUCGAGGACGUGUGCAUGGACAUUAAGCGGGAGCUUCUGGCAGCUGUCGCCGUUUUUGAACAGCUGCCCCGCCAGUAA